CCCGUAUUGAAGUGGUUGAACCCUGACUACGGUUCAGUUGUCUUGGACCAGUCUGUUUAAAUCCAGAUGAGUUGGCUAGCUCUGCACGAUAGGUUGACUGACCUGUAUCGUGGUUUCGCACAGCAUGUUGCUGUGAAUAUUCAUCCGUCCGUCUCAAUUCAAUCUCUGUGAUUGGACAUUUUAGAAUAUCCAAAAGACGUUUAUUGACAAAUAAUCAGCUGAAAAGGUUAUUUUCUUACCAUAGUGUUAAAGCUGUGAACAUAUAUUAGUUGAUGUCAGCUUUCUGCCAAAACCGGAUAUGACGAACACGUGGUUGCCCGAAGAAAGGUUGUGUAGAUGGCACACUAGGAAAUACUUAAGAUUGCAGCAGUUCUCCGAAAGCUAUCCUGUUUCAUUGUUUGAAAAGUGUAAUUUUCAGUUACGUUUUUGGUGUACCGUAGGGUAGUGAGUUCGUCCAGGAUAUUUUGUUCAUCAACAGCGCUUUGGAGAAAAUAAUUUAGGUAAAGGCUUCACAAAAAGAAAACUAGGGGCCAAAGAAAACCUGACAUAUUAAUGACCGAUGAUUAAUAAAUAAUGUAUUUGAUGAUCUUUCUACGUGUUCUGUAUCUCGACGCGCCUUACAGCUUCCAGUUUGUAUCAUGAAACUGAUUACAGGAUAACACGUGUGAGCUUUCAUACAUCAUGUCUUGGCAAGUUACCAAACCCCCCACACCUCGUCAUAUACCCCCACUGUGGGCUAACCUCCCUCCUGCUCUCUGGUCAGCUCUGAUGGAGGAUGGGGGUUCUCAAUCCGAUUCGUGCUCAGAAUCAUCGAUGUUUUCGUCUAAAGUUUCCUCGGAUGGUUGUGGUUCGGAGUCCGAUUCCCAAGGUGAUAUUACCCAAAAGGGCUAUGAGAAGAAGAAAGCAAAGUUAUUGGGUCCUUAUCUACUCAGCCACGCAGCAGCACCACCUGUUGUUGCCGGGGCAGCCAGUCCCUCUACUCGAGCAAAGCGGCGAGCUCAACGCAGACUCACUCGACACGAGAGUCGAUACCAUUCAGAAGUCAGGCAAGAGGCCGUCCAGCAGGCUCUAGCUGCUAUGCAGAAUAGAGGCAAGCCAUCAGUUCCAAUGCCUUCUAAAAGAACCUCUGUAAUGGCCACUUCUCCUUCUAGAGAGAGACAUCCAUCAGACUCUUCAUCCGAUGAAGACAGUGUUCUGAAUGAGGGCAGCACACCUGAACAGGAGAGGUCUUCUCGCCCCUUUCAUCAGGUUCUUGGGGUACAGUCUGACACGUCCAGUACGUCUUCAGCCAGGGAAACUCCUCCUCCACGUCAAGCAAAUAGUCGCUUUGACAGUGGUGGAAGAGGAGAUUUUGGGUUGGAGCGUAGUGCGAGUAGACAUGAAGGAAUGACUAACCUGGCAGAUGUCAUGCAAAACCUCACACCUAACUUGAGUACUCAACCAGAUGUCACUAGUAAUACUGAUGUUCGAAGUCAAGGAGAAAACUUGCACAGAUAUAACCAAGCUCAUAUGUCCUCUGUUCGUGUAACACAACACUCAGCCACAGGAUUAGAAUACAACACAGGAACUGGUAAAUGGAAAGUUUCAUCCAAAAUUCAACAGCUGCUCAAUACAUUAAAGCGGCCUAAAAGAAGACCCUUACCAGAGUUUUAUGUGGAUGAUGAAACAGAUUUAGAAAUUGCAGCUAAUCAACUCGACCCCAACUCACCUCAACCAGAAGGAAGUACUAUGACCCCACACUUAGGAGAACAGCUUAUGGUGCCUUCUGGUCUUCCCAAGAAUUUAGAAGCAGCUAUCCAGAGGUAUGGGUCAGCUACUUUCAAAGCCCCAGUUGUUACUGUUUUAGAUACGAAUGGGAAAAUUGGGAAUCCUCUUACAUAUGGAAAAUUGCUAAGUCGUACACACAAAAUAGCGUAUAAUAUUUUGAACAAAGCAGGACCAAAAGGAGAACUCGGAAUCAAACCAGGAGAUCGAGUUGCACUUGUCUAUCCUAACAAUGAUCCAGUUUCAUUCAUGUGUGCUUUCCAUGGAUGCCUCACUGCAGGUGUAAUUCCAGUGCCCAUUGAGGUCCCUCUCACAAGAAGGGAUGCAGAUUCUCAACAGAUCGGGUUCUUGUUAGGUAAUUGUGGAGUGAGUUUUGCCCUAACUUCUGAAGCCUGCUAUAAAGGACUGCCCAAGACUGCGACAGGAGAAAUCCAUACAUUCAAAGGGUGGCCAAGACUUUACUGGUUCAUCACGGAACAUCUAAGCAGACCCCCAAAAGACUGGAUGCCUCCCCCUAGGUUAACAGAAGAGGCUGCUGCUUAUAUAGAGUACACUAUUGACAAAGAUGGCUCGAUGAAAGGUGUAACAAUAACUAGGUCAGCUUUGGCAAACCAUUGCCGAGCUCUGACAGCAGCUUGUAAUUAUACUGAAGGAGAGGUGAUGGUUUGUGUUUUAGACUUCAAAAGAGAGGUUGGGCUAUGGCAUAGCAUUCAUACCAGUGUCUUCAAUGGCAUGCAUGUCAUCUUUAUUCCGUAUUCACUUAUGAAAAUUAAUCCAGCUUCAUGGAUGUUAAUGAUAACAAAAUUCAAAGCUACUUCUGCUAUAUGUAAAUCUCGUGAUUUACACUGGGGUUUACUAGCUUCGAAGGAUCAUAAAGAUGUUAACCUGAGUUCUUUAAGGAUGUUGCUUGUGGCUGAUGGAUCUAAUCCAUGGUCUUUGUCAUCCUGUGAUCAAUUUAUGAGUGUCUUCCACAGUAGAGGGUUACGGCCUGAUGCCAUCUGCCCUUGUGCUGCUACUGGAGAAUGUCUUACUGUAGCUGUCAGAAGACCUGGUCGAACUGGACCUGGAUCCAGUGGUAGAGGAGUGCUGUCUAUGUCAGCUUUAAGUUAUGGAGUAAUUCGAGUGGAUCAGGAAAACAGCCUUACUUCCCUCACUUUACAAGAUUGUGGACUAGUCAUGCCUGGUGCUGUAGUAGCAGUUGUGAAAGUAAAUGAUCAACCUUAUCUCUGUAAAACCGACGAAGUAGGGGAGCUCUGUGUAAGCUCAUUAAUGACCGGGAGUGCUUACUGGGGACUUCAGGGUCUCACGAACAGCAUAUUUAAGAUACAACCCUUACAUCCAGAAGGACGGCCAGUGAGUGAGCAGAACUUUGUGAGGACUGGUCUGUUAGGCUUUCUUGGACCUGGAGGACUUGUGUUUGUUUGUGGUACCCGAGAUGGUCUAAUGCAAGUCAGUGGGAGGAAACAUAACACUGAUGACAUCAUAGCUACUGUUUUAGCUGUAGAGCCAAUGAAGUUUAUUUACCGUGGCAGGAUUGCCGUAUUUUCAAUUCGCGUGCUUAGAGAUGAGAGGAUCUGUGUUAUAGCAGAACAACGGCCUGAUUGUACAGAGGAGGAGAGCUUCCAGUGGAUGAGCAGAGUUCUGCAAGCCGUUGACAGUAUUCAUCAAGUUGGAAUUUACUGCUUAGCUCUAGUACCUCCAAACUACUUGCCAAAAACUCCUUUGGGUGGCAUCCACCUGUCAGAGACCAAGCGAAAGUUUCUGGAAGGAAGUCUUCAUCCUGCUAAUGUUCUGAUGUGUCCCCAUACAUGUGUUACUAAUCUUCCUAAACCUAGAGAAGUCCAUUCAGAGGUUGGUCCAGCUUCAGUGUUGGUGGGAAGUAUGGUACAGGGAGUAAGACUAGCAUCAGCUCAGGGAAGAGACAUGGCACUAGUUGAAGAUGUCAGUGAUGCUACACGCAAAUAUCAAUUCAUUUCUGAGGUCCUGCGAUGGAGAGCAGCAACCACUGCUGAUCAUGCUAUUUUUACAUUAUUAAACUCCAAAGGAGGAGUAGCAUCAUCUUUAACCUGUUCACAACUUCAGAAGAGAUCUGAAAGAGUUGGUUGCCUGUUGUUAGAGAAAGGGAAGCUUAACACAGGUGACCAUGUAGCUCUUAUUUACCCUCCAGGUAUCGACCUUAUCUGUGCCUUCUAUGGCUGCCUUUAUGUUGGUAUGUGCCUUACAUUUAUCACAUUCUAUACUUAAUUCAUAGACAGCUGAAAUUCUACACUUUCUAGUGUGAGCAUCCUUUUAUAUGUUUCAAAAAAUGUAAUGAAACUAUCUACAUUUCAAUAGAUAAUAAAUCUUCACAUUAAAGAAGCAGGUAAUGUUGUGGACAUCAAGUCAUGGCCUACAACUUUAGACACUGAUGACCUACCCAAGAAAAAACUGACCAAUAUCUACAGGGCACCUACUCCAGAAAUGAUUGCUUAUCUGGAUUUCAGUGUUAGCACAACAGGAAUGUUAGCUGGAAUAAAGAUGUCUCAUGCGGCUGCUACUUCUCUGUGUAAGAGUAUGAAGCUGGCCUGUGAACUCUACCCCUCUCGUCAUAUAACCCUUUGCUUGGAUCCAUAUUGUGGUUUGGGAUUCGUGCUGUGGUGUUUGAAUAGUGUCUACUCAGGCCAUCACUCAGUUCUCAUCCCUCCUUCUGAAGUAGAAGUUAAUCCAGCUCUUUGGUUAUCUACCUUAAGUCAGUUUAAAGUUCGUGAUACUUUCUGUUCAUAUGGAGUGAUGGAACUCUGCACAAAGGGAUUAGGAUCCUCUAUCAACCAGCUUAAACAACGGGGUGUAAAUUUGAACUGUGUUCGGACGUGUGUCGUUGUAGCAGAAGAACGGCCUCGAGUUGCUCUCACCAACUCCUUCUCCAAGCUUUUCUCCAGCCUGGGACUUUCUCCCCGGGCUGUCAGCACUAGUUUUGGGUGUCGAGUCAAUGUAGCCAUUUGUCUUCAGGGAGCAUCUAGUCCAGACCCCACAACUGUAUAUGUAGAUGUAAGGGCUCUUAGAAAUGACAGGGUAACAGUAGUAGAGCGAGGGGCACCUCAUAGUUUGUGUCUUGUAGAGUCUGGGAAGUUGUUACCUGGUGUAAAAGUUGUCAUAGCUGAUCCUGAGACCAAGGGCCACUGUGCUGACUCUCAUCUUGGUGAGAUAUGGAUACAGUCCCCUCACAACUCUACUGGUUACUUCACUAUUUAUGGGGAUGAAUCUCUCCAUAAUGACCACUUUAAUGCACGUUUGAUCACAGGUGACACAGCACAGACGUAUGCACGCACAGGCUACCUAGGAUUUUUAAGAAGAACUGAGUCUGUACAAGCAGAUGGUGAACUUCAUGAUGCAGUGUUUGUAGUAGGAUCUCUUGAUGAAACAGUUAUGUUGCGAGGCAUGAGGUAUCAUCCAAUUGACAUAGAAAAUAGUGUUUUACGCUGUCACAAAAAGAUAUCUGAGUGUGCUGUUUUCACUUGGACCAACCUUUUAGUUGUGGUAGUAGAGCUUGAUGGAAAUGAGAAUGAGGCUCUUGAUCUAGUACCUCUAGUGACCAACGUAGUCUUGGAAGAACAUCAGCUUAUUGUUGGUGUGGUUGUUGUGGUGGACCCUGGUGUCGUUCCAAUCAACUCUCGAGGAGAAAAGCAACGGAUGCAUCUCCGAGAUGGGUUUCUUGCUGACCAGCUUGAUCCAAUCUACGUGGCAUACAACAUGUGACUACUUGACCGGUCUUCAUGGGUUCGAUGGCAAGAUUUUGUGACGAGUCAGUAAUGUAUGUGACUGUUUGACCAGUCUGUGUCUGCUUUGUAUAAAUAGUAUGAUGUUUUGAUCACUUGACCAUUUAAUGGUUUGGAAGAAAGAUUUACAAAAUAUGGAAAAGUGUAACUAGUAUUGUAUACUAUAGCCACCUCAAAACUGCUUGGUCAUUAUGUAGCAUUUAUGAGUAAAUGACUUGAGGUGUACAACCUAUGAAGGCUUGGUUGGCCAACACAUCAUAAACAGUUGUUUAACCUAGCUAUGUGUCAUCUGAUCUAUAUUGACAAUUCAAUAUCAGUUUUAAUAAUAUAUCUAAUUUUCAACCAAGUGAGAUAGUUAAGUGUCAGUUAGCCCAAAUACAAGCUACCCUGGGGUAACACACAGAUUGCUGUGGCAUGAGAAGUUGAAUAAAUGUUAUGAUUAGUAGGCCAGAUCAUCAUGAGGCCUAGUCUCCUUCAAAUGAUCUGAAAAAGCUAAAUUAUCAGGGGUUAAUAUGAAAGACACGGUUGCUGUUUUCUCAUUUUAUGAUAACAUAUGCAGAAAGAGAGAAUCUGGAAUUAAAAGUAUCAAUAAUUGAUACAGUAGAGGACAGGUAAGCUGUGCACGAUUCUUUAUGGGGCACAACAAAGCAAGAAUUAAGAUGUCAUAUUAUAGAAUUACUCAUGCCUAUCAAACAAUUCAGGUAGCUUUCCAAAUGCUUUAUUUCUGAGAACAAAUGGGGUUGAACCCAAAAUAACUUUACAUGAAAGUUCUUUACAAUCCCCAUUAAUACAUCCUUUCUUUGCAAAACAGAUUUUCAGGUAUUUUACAUAUCAAGGAAAACUACAUAGAAACUUAUUUAUCCUUCUAGUACUGCUAUGUGCAUAUAUGGUAUUUAACCUGUGUUUGUUGUUGUAAGAUGUGUAAGGUUACAUUAGAACCUUACGUAAAAAAUUUAAAAAAUUGACUAUUGGCUGCCCAAGUAUGUAAGGGAAAUACGAACAAUUAUUUUAAGCCUCAAUAUAUUUAAUUGUUAUACAACUUUUGUGGCUUUUCAUUUUUUUGUAUCCAUGUUGUUUUAGAUAGGAACUUCUUUUUUCAUCUGCUGUGUUGUAUAUCACUAUUGAUCCUUUGGAUUGGUAUUUAAUAUUGAUUCUUCUUAGUAAGAAAAACCAGGUGUAUUUUGUGUUUCAGUUCAUUUGUAGGCCAGUUUAGUCACUGCAGGGACUGAAAAUGUUCUCUAUAGUUUAACAAGAUUCCUAUGCUUCGUUAAUGUGAGUUUUCACUUUUCAACUCUUAAUGUUUGUGUAACUUUUGUAUUGCAUAAGGAAUCAGUGAAGACAUUUAAAUUUUUAAGUCAGAUACUGAAAGAAAAUGUUAAAAGUUUUAUGUAGUUUAAGACUAGUUGUUGACAGAGAAUACAUAUUUAAGAAAAUAUAAACCUGAAAAGUUAAAAACUAUGAAACACUAGAAGAAAUUUCGAAAAAUGUUAAGAAAUGAAGCUUUUUGACUUUACUUUUAGUACUAGGUCAGUCAAGAGAUGGUAAAAAUACUGUAAUAGCAAAUAGUUUAUAAACAUUUUAAUGCAAGUUCUUAUUCGUAACAAAUUUACCUCAUUUAUCAUUGUAAAAUGUGGACCAAGUAAAUUGGUAACAUAAUCAAGUAAAAUUAUGAAAUUAAAAAAAAAAAUGGCAUUCAAGCUUCAGAUAGAGCAUUUCUAGGUCUGUCUGUGAAUUUUCAGAUAUUGGAUCAUUGUUAUUUAGUUUACACCAUUUUCAUUUUUAAUGUUUUUAUUACAUCCACACUAUGAAACUUAAUACUUCAUUUAACCUCUCGUAAUAAAAAAUUUAGAACUGAUAACACUUAAUACUCAUAUCACAUUAUUUGUGGUCUUUUUUUUUGUGUUUGGCUUAGAUUGACUGCAUCUGUAGGUGCUUGAGUUUUUAUUUUGCACAGUAAAAGCACAUUUUUAGAUUUUAACUCAUAAAGUUAAUCUUUUAUUGGAUGGUUUUAACAUAAUUGCUCAAGAAGCAGCCAUACACCUACUAAUUCAUAUUUACAAGUGAACAUUAUAUGGUUUAUUUCAUUUUAAUAUUGUGUACUAGUAUUUCAUUUUUGUAUGAGAAUCAAAUUUUUUGUAUAAGUUAACCUUAGAUGUACGUGGUGAAUUGCUAACGAAUUUUAUUAGAGUUAACCAACAACAUUUUUAGUAUACACGUGCAUGUUCAGUAAGUAGAAAAAAAAAGGUAACUGCUAGCCCUAAAAUGACUGUCAUAACAACAGUGCUAAUGCUGGUUCAGUGUGGUUUUGACUUGAGCAGUUAUUGGUGUAUAAAGGUUUGUUCUCUGUCAUUAUGAUUUUUGGAGUGGGCUGUUAAGCUUUCAAGACCCAGUAGCUCUAAUAACAACUUUGUGAUUCCUUGGAAAUACUGAAUAUUUAUAAGUGAAUGGGUUAUAAAACUGAAUAUUUAUACAAUUAAUUUGUUUGAGUUCAACCAUUGAACAUUUUACUAAAGAAAAAGGGAUUUCUGAUGUCAUUAAGUGUGGUGACACAAAACUGUAUAUCAUAAUUGUAUACUUUGAUUAACUUACUUGUGUAUUGUGCAUUAUAACAUGGUGAAUUGAUAUUUCUGCUCUGAUAAAAACCAACCAUCGAAACUUCAUUUUCUGUAUUUUGAUUUUAUUAAUAGUGUACUCACAGCCACUUUUAAAUAUUAUUGUAAUAGUAAUCUACAGAAUGAAUAUGUAUAGAAUUGGAAGUGAAACUUGCUUGGUAGCUUAAGCUGUUAUGUCUGCUUCAUUUUGUAUAUAGGAGUUUGUAAAAAGAAAAAAUAAAAAAAAUAUUUGAGUGGUUUCAAAUCAGAAACCAUAAAUCUGUAGAUGUAUAUAUACAGGUUUAUGUGAGGUGGCAGUGUAUUUCCUCCAACAAAUUUCACAUAUUGCUCAGUGAAUACAGGAUGGGGGCUGAAUUUUAGUGCUAAAGCUUCAAAAAUAUUUUUAAGUUGGUACCCAAGUUUCCAGUUUGAAAUUUCCCUGUAUUGCAGAAGUACCACUACUCAGAUAUGUGCAUAUAUAUAUAUAUAUAUAUGUGGAUACAUUAAAAAAACAGCUGUCAAGUAGUAAUACUGAUUGGUGGUGAUUCAAAAGUAGAACUUCAUAAAGCACAAGUUACUAUAUAUUGAUGUUGUUGUUUACUCAUGCUUGACACUUAUGUCAUAAUUAUACUUAUCUGUUAACACAAGAUUAAAGUGUUUAACAGCUAAAAUAAUAACUUUAACUACAAAUAUUGAAAUAAAUCUAAAAUAAAUCCAUUUUAUUGAAUAAUGUUUGUUGUUGAAAAAAAAUUAGGAAUUCCUUGUAAACAGAGUAUUAUAUCUUAAGUGGGCCAGAAGUGUCCAGUGCUGUGUGGUUGUGUAAAAUUUAGAUAAAAGUGAAUGUUAAGGAAA